UGCCAGGCGUGAGUCAGCGGGGCUGAGAGCCAGCAACCCCCCCCCCCCAACCUCCAGCUGGCCAAGGACUUCUCUGCAUUGAAGGUGCAGGCUGCUCUGUAAACUUGCUGGAAUCGUGAUCAAGUCUCCGUAUGGCACUGCAUUGGAUAUCAGCGAUACUGGACUAACUCCUGGUGGGCAAGAUGGCAGAGGGGAGCCGACAGCGUAACCUGCCCCCGGCCAGCAAGGGGUCCGUGGACAAGUUGCCGGGCAGCGGGAAGAAGGAAGAAGCCGGAGUCUCCCUGAAGAAGGAGAUCGGACUGGUCAGUGCCUGUGGGAUCAUUGUCGGGAACAUCAUCGGUUCGGGGAUCUUCGUCUCCCCGAAGGGCGUGAUGGAGAACGCUGGUUCGGUCGGCCUGGCCUUGAUCGUCUGGAUUAUCACGGGCUUCAUCACCGCCAUCGGCGCGCUCUGCUACGCCGAGCUGGGAGUCACCAUCCCGAAAUCAGGCGGCGACUACUCUUACGUCAAGGAUAUCUUCGGCGGACUGGCAGGCUUCCUGCGACUCUGGAUUGCUGUGCUGGUCAUCUACCCGACCAACCAGGCUGUCAUCGCACUGACCUUCUCAAACUACGUCCUGUACCCGAUCUUCCCCACCUGUCUGGCCCCCGAGCUGGGCCUUCGCUUGCUGGCUGCCGUUUGCCUCUUGCUGCUGACGUGGGUGAACUGCUCCAGCGUUCGGUGGGCUACCCGGGUCCAGGAUAUCUUCACAGCCGGCAAGUUACUGGCCCUCGCACUCAUCAUCAUCAUGGGCUUCGUGCAGGUGUGCCGAGGUCACUAUUACUGGCUGGAGCCCAAGAAUGCCUUCCAGAUGUGGCAGAAGCCCGACAUCGGUUUGGUGGCCCUGGCGUUCCUGCAGGGUUCGUUCGCGUAUGGAGGCUGGAACUUCCUUAACUAUGUGACUGAGGAGCUGCUCGACCCAUACAAGAACCUGCCGCGAGCGAUCUUUAUCUCCAUCCCGCUGGUGACCUUCGUCUACGUGUUUGCCAACAUCGCCUACGUGACGGCCAUGUCGCCGACAGAACUGCUGGCCAGCAACGCGGUGGCUGUGACAUUCGGGGAGAAGCUGCUCGGGGUCAUGGCCUGGAUCAUGCCGAUCUCCGUGGCCCUGUCCACUUUUGGAGGUGUCAACGGUUCCCUCUUCACCUCGUCAAGGUUGUUCUUUGCUGGGGCUCGCGAGGGUCACCUGCCGAGGCUGCUGGCCAUGAUUCACAUUAAACGCUGCACUCCGAUACCAGCCCUGCUGUUCACCUGUGCUUCCACCCUGCUGAUGCUGGUUACCAGUGACAUCUACACCCUGAUCAACUACGUGGGCUUCAUCAACUACCUCUUCUACGGGGUGACCAUCGCGGGCCAGAUCGUGCUGCGUUGGCAGAAGCCCGACAUGCCUCGGCCGAUCAAGGUGAACCUGAUCUUCCCUGUGAUAUACCUGCUCUUCUGGGCUUUCCUCAUUAUCUUCAGCCUGUGGUCGGAGCCGGUGGUGUGUGGCAUUGGGCUGGCCAUCAUGCUGGACCGGAGUGCCCGUCUACUUCUGGGCAUCUACUGGAGCAACAAGCCCGAAUGUUUCGACAGAAUGAUCGACAGCAUCACCUACUUCGGACAGAAGUUCUGCGUGGUGGUCUACCCUGAGGAAUCGGCCCCUGUGGAGGCGCAGGAGCUGUGCCAGCUCUCCGACGACCUGAAGAACAUUGACAGCACCAGUUCCCCAGGGACCUUGGCCUGAGCCCGGCCUCCAGGGCGGGAUGGUGGGGGGGGUGGGGGGGAAGCGGGCUCGAGGGAGACACCUGGCCCCCUCCGCUCCUCAGCUGGCCAUUCCUUCUGAGGUGAGGAGAAGAGGGAGGUGAUUAAGGAGUAGGGGUGUUCUUCUGGGAAGUGGGUGGGGGGAGUGAGCAGGACUGGGGACGUGGGGGAGUUUGUCACGGAGCCCAGAGGGUGAGGAUGGCGAGGAUCGGUUUCCAGAAUGGCUUGAAGCUUCAGUCAGCCUCUGACCUCCCUCCCGGACGCCACUCGAUCCUGCCCCUGUCUCCUUCGGACCGGUGGAGGCCUGCAGCUUGACUUUUCAUGUUGGGACCUUCCUGGAGACCCAGCCAUGAGAGCAAAUGGGCAUGACUGGCUCUUGGGAGCCCAGUCGAAGCCGUUGCAAGCCACAGGACGAGGUCUGGUGUCUUACCAGCUGCGGAUACAGAGCUGGUUCCCCGACUUCCUGCAACAAUUCGUCCCGGUGAGAGGGUUCACUUGUCUCGUCCCCUCUAUCAAUCAAUUUGCAGUGUGUCUCCAUAACCUCCUGGCCACGUGGCAUUCGUUGCAGUUUCUCAGUCCCACGACGACUGCCAGUCAUAACCUACUGAUCUCCAGUUGGACCCCAACAGACUGCCAUUUGCAAUGUGGCUUAGACCUUGAACAAGUUGCCUUUUACAGUCUGUCUACUGCCCACUGGCUGCCAUCUGCAGUGUGACUGCUUCCUACUAGCUGCCAUUUGUAGUGUGUCUGCCCCACACUGGCCGCCAUUUGCAGUGUGUCUGCCCCACACUGGCUGCCAUUUGCAGUGUGUCUGCUCCCUACUGGCUGCCAUUUGUAGUGUGUCUGCCCCACACUGGCCGCCAUUUCCAGUGUGUCUGCCCCACACUGGCUGCCAUUUGCAGUGUGUCUGCUCCCUACUGGCUGCCAUUUGCAGAGUGUCUGCCCCACACUGGCCGCCAUUUGCAAUGUGUCUGCCCCACACUGGCUGCCAUUUGCAGUGUGUCUGCCCCACACUGGCCGCCAUUUGCAGUGUGUCUCCAUACCCUCCUGGCCUCCAUUUGCAGCGAGUCUGCCUCACACUGGCCACCAAUUUGUGCCGUGUCACCUUUACAGCAGCAUCACCAUCACAGCAGCCUUGUCCGGGAAGUGGGGUGGGUCCCUGGGCUGAGGUACCCCAGUUCCUACACCCCUCCCAAUCUGAUGUCGGUCUCCACACCACACCUCUGAGGGAAGCUCCCCACAACACUAACACACAGGCAUUUUACAAGGAUGGUGCAAGCAAUCUACGGUGCUAAACUUCGGCAAGAAUUAGCUGGCGCUGCAGAAAUCGACAUUUAUUUAAAUGCUGCCAUAAAGCAGUAAUCUGUUUGUUUAUCUCUGUAAGAACUGUAAUCCUAAUUAAACUUUGAGUUUUAUUAUUCA